AUGAAAGAUAAACGGGCGAUCUUCUAAAACCCGUUUCCGUUUCCGUUUCCGUUUCCCAACCCCCUUCUCUCUCUCUCUCCAUCUUCUUCGAAAGUUUGUUUUGACCAUCACCACCACCGUCCUCCUCUCUUUCGUCCCUUCUUCCUUUUCCCUGUAAUGUCAUUGCAUUUCUCUCUCCUCUCUAUCUCUUCAUAUGAUCACUGGUAACCCAAAACCUUUGAGAAGCUCAACAUAAGAUGGGUAUUUGCUUCUCGAGAACCAGAGUCGGUGGCUCAAACAGCAACAACAACGUCAAACACAACCGCAAAGACAACACCAAACCAGCAACAACAACUACAUCAAAGAAACGAGACAGAAAAUCGCGUCAGAAAUCGAAAAAUACCCAAGAGACCAAUAAAAAUCAUCAACAGAAACAGAGGAAUCCUCAGCAGGUUAGGCCGAGAGAAAAGGGGAAUUCGAGGCUGCGAAGUGGGGUCAUACCCUGUGGAAAGCGAACCGAUUUUGGGUUCGCCAAAGAUUUCGAUAGAAAGUACUCGAUUGGGAAACUAUUGGGUCAUGGCCAAUUUGGGUAUACCUAUGUUGCCAUCGACAAGUCUAAUGGAGAUCGUGUUGCAGUCAAGAGAAUCGAGAAGAAUAAGUUGACCGGCUUUAAGAAGGAGCUCCUGUCUGGAGCAUUAGCAUUACUGAUGUGGCUUGGACUGUCUAUUGUAUUCCAUCCACAACCUUGCAAAUCAGGAUGUAUAUUGAUGCAUACCAUGUUCCAAAUUCCAAUUCUUGUGGUUAAUAUGACUGUUGGGAUCAUAGACACAAUCAAAAUGGAGAGUGCAGUUGAAUGCAUGGUUCUUCCUGUUGCCGUUGAGGAUGUUAAGAGAGAGGUCAAGAUACUGCAUGCCUUAGCUGGCCAUGAAAACGUGGUUCAUUUUUACAAUGCAUUUGAGGACGAUUCUUAUGUGUAUAUAGUCAUGGAGUUAUGUGAGGGUGGUGAAUUGCUGGAUAGGAUUUUGGGCAAAAAGGACAGCCGUUAUACUGAGAAAGAUGCCGCAAUAGUUGUGCGGCAGAUGCUCAAGGUUGCAGCUGAGUGCCAUUUACAUGGUUUGGUGCAUCGUGACAUGAAACCAGAGAAUUUUCUUUUCAAGUCACCAAAAGUGGAUUCACCUUUAAAGGCUACAGAUUUUGGUCUAUCAGACUUCAUAAGACCAGGGAAGAAGUUUCGAGAUAUUGUUGGCAGUGCCUACUAUGUUGCUCCUGAAGUAUUGAAACGUAAAUCAGGGCCCGAAUCAGAUGUUUGGAGUAUUGGUGUAAUCACUUACAUUUUGCUCUGUGGCAGGCGUCCUUUUUGGGAUAAAACCGAGGAUGGUAUAUUCAAGGAGGUAUUAAGGAACAAGCCUGAUUUUCGUCGCAAACCAUGGCCAAACAUAAGCAGCAGCGCCAAAGAUUUUGUAACAAAGUUACUGGUGAAGGAUCCUCGUGCAAGACUUACUGCUGCUCAGGCCUUAUCACACGCAUGGGUUAGAGAAGGGGGAAAUGCCUCAGAAAUUCCUCUAGAUAUUUCAGUCCUAUCCAAUAUGCGGCAAUUUGUGAAGUACAGUCGUCUGAAACAGUUUGCUCUGCGGGCAUUGGCUACCACACUUGAUGACGAGGAGCUGGCUGAUCUUCAUGAUCAGUUUGAUGCAAUUGAUGUGGAUAAAAGUGGCACUAUUAGUCUUGAAGAAAUGAGACAGGCCCUUGCUAAAGAUCUUCCUUGGAAGUUGAAAGACUCGCGUGUUUUAGAGAUUCUUCAAGCUAUCGACAGUAAUACUGAUGGUCUUGUGGAUUUCCCAGAGUUUGUUGCAGCGACCCUACAUGUUAAUCAAUUAGAGGAGCAUGACACAGAGAAGUGGCUGCAGAGGUCACAGGCUGCUUUUGAGAAAUUUGAUGUGGAUAGAGAUGGAUAUAUAACCCCAGAAGAACUUAGAAUGCAUACCGGAUUAAAAGGCUCAUUAGACCCACUUCUAGAGGAGGCUGAUAUCGACAGAGAUGGGAAGAUAAGCUUACCAGAAUUCCGGAGACUUUUAAGAACUGCGAGCUUGAAUUCUCCACGAAAGGUGCCUAGCCCACAUGCCCACCAAGCUUUCAGGUGAGGCAGAAAAGGUGUUCCAGAAUUUUGUGACGGAAAUGAGAGUAGGGUAAGAGAGGUGGAGUUCCUUUUAAAAAAUCUGGUACUUGAAGAUCAUCAAGCUUACAGAUGAUGAAUUCUCAUCUGCUUCAGUCUCUUCUGCCAUCUUGCGGGCGCGUCUUAAAAAAAAAAAGAAAAAAGAAAAAAAAAAGGGCAAUCAGUGCCAGAAAUCCGCAACGGCUCAAGAGGUGCUUGGGCUAAGAAGGGUUUAAUGUAGAGUUGCCUGGGCUAAGAGGUGUUUAAUGUAAAGAGUUGCUCUGGCUGUGUGUGGAAAAUGGCUACAUGUAGCAUGGUCAUAUUAGUGUACAUGAUUCGUAGUGUUGGGGUUUCCUUGCAAAGUAUAGCACGUGUUUAUGAUGUGUUACAUGAGUAAAUUAUUAAUGAAAAUUGUUUGCUCUAGAAUUCAUUUAUGUUAUUUAUUCUUUAUACUAUAGAAAAAGAUAAAUAUGUUCAUACUUGUAAAA